ACUUUCUUGCCGUUUUUUUUUUCUUUUUUUUUGGGGUGCUUUUUUCUUAGCAUGCCCACAUGCUCCUUUUACCUCUCCACCUUCUUUCUCCACAUUGUCAUGAACAAAUCAAACUACAUUUCUCGCUCUUCAUUUGCAUUACCAUUUCUCUACUCUGAUCAGGAGAUUCUGUAAUUAAAGGGCUUUUUGGAUGAUCAGAUAUUGAUUAAUUCACUGAGCUGAGUUGAAAUUUCAAUUUCAAGCUUUUGUGUUCAUAGUUUCUUCAUGGAGUCACCUGCAAAUGGAGUACUAGAGUCUUUAUCAGAGGUUCAGAAUUCAGUUUCUGUUGCACAGCAGCAUGAUCCUCCUUCUACAUCCGGGACUCCCCGUCCUACACGGCCUCCCUUAAGACCAUCUCGGAAUCAUGUUCAUGGGCCUUCUUCCAUGCCCCAUUCGGCCGGUCACCACCAUAGUCACGGAUCAAAGUCCAUCAUCCAUCAUCAAAACACCUAUGUAGUUAAUCAGAAGCAUUCCUAUUUGGAGGGUGAAAAUGCAGACCAUGAAGGAUUGCCUUCGAAAUCUUGCAUCAAGCAAUCAUUUGAUGAUUCCAAGACUUGUGAUUCAAGUGUCAUAUUCGAAUCUGACAUUGACAAUUCCAUCUCAGGUCCAUCGAGACGAGCCAUUGGUAAUCACAGCAGGAGUUACUGCCCAUCAGAGGUUACUUUUUAUGCAAGUCCUCAGAAUAGUUGCUAUGCUGCUACUGUCUAUUCGGAAGCUAAACAAAGUUUCACCUAUACUGAAAUUAGUGAGUGUGGUACUAGUGUUGAUAAGUCACUAGAAAGCGGCAUUGAGGUUGCGAAUUCCUGUGAUUUUAAUGAGAGUAGGAAGACCAGCAUCUGCAGGGCAAGUACUGGGAGCGAUAUCAGUGAUGAGAGCAGCACCAGUAGCUUGAGUAGUGCUAUGUAUAAACCACAUAAGGCGAAUGAUAAAAGGUGGGAAGCAAUUCAGGCCAUCCGAGCACGUGAUGGUAUGUUGGAGAUGAGACAUUUCAGGUUGUUGAAGAAAUUGGGACGCGGAGACAUUGGAAGUGUGUAUCUAGCUGAACUGAGCGGCACGAGGACUUCUUUUGCCAUGAAAAUAAUGAACAAGACAGAGCUAGCGAAUCGCAAGAAACUUGUGAGGGCUCAGACUGAGAGAGAGAUAUUGCAGUCCUUAGAUCAUCCGUUUCUGCCCACAUUGUAUACACAUUUUGAGACUGAGACAUUCUCCUGCUUGGUAAUGGAGUUCUGCCCUGGUGGAGACUUGCAUGCACUCAGGCAAAGGCAACCUGGGAAGUAUUUCUCGGAGCACGCUGUCAGGUUUUAUGUGGCAGAAGUUCUCCUUGCUUUGGAGUAUUUACAUAUGCUUGGGAUCAUCUACAGAGACCUUAAACCCGAGAACGUGUUGGUGAGGGAAGAUGGUCAUAUAAUGCUGUCGGAUUUCGACCUCUCUCUAAGGUGCACGGUCAGUCCAACUCUUGUAAAGUCAUCAAACUCUAUCUUGGAGACGAAGACCUCAGGAUACUGCAUUCAGCCUUCUUGCGCCGAACCGACUUGUUCAAUGCAGCCAGACUGCAUCCAACCGGCAUGCUUCUCGCCUCGAUUUCUUUCCAGCAAAUCCAAGAAAGGAAAGAAGUACAAGCCAAAGAAUGACAUGCAUCAUCAGGUGACUCCUCUUCCGGAGCUUAUUGCCGAGCCAACAAAUGCCAGAUCGAUGUCCUUUGUUGGUACACACGAGUACUUGGCUCCUGAGAUCAUUAAGGGCGAAGGGCACGGCAGUGCUGUGGACUGGUGGACAUUUGGGAUAUUCCUAUACGAGCUGUUGUUUGGGCGGACACCCUUCAAGGGCUCAGCCAAUCGAGCAACGCUGUUUAACGUUGUUGGCCAGCCCUUAAGGUUUCCAGAGUCUCCAACUGUCAGUUUUGCUGCCAGGGACUUGAUUAGGGGCUUACUCGUGAAAGAGCCUCAGCAUCGUCUUGCCUAUAGACGUGGAGCCACCGAAAUCAAACAGCAUCCGUUCUUUCAGAAUGUUAACUGGGCGCUGAUCCGGUGCGCGAAUCCUCCUGAGGUUCCACGACUCGUUAAACCAACCCCAGUUGAGAUGGACCCUGGUUUGAACCCUUCUGGUAAUUAUUUAGACAUUGAUUUCUUUUGAUCCUAAUGUUGUGUUUUUGUGGCUGUUUCUUGGUCCAUUGUUCUUUUCCUUUGCAAUAAGAACUGCAUUGGUCCAUUUUAAACAUACAUUGCUCACCACUUCUAAUUGUUCAUCAUAAAAACUGCUGUAAGAAAAUUCCAAUUGCCCUUGAAGUGAGGAUCAAAGUUUCUGUUCUCGUUUGUCUCAGU